GUCAAUCAGUAAAUUCAACAUGCUCAGCUUGGAAUUCGGACUGGGUGUCGUCCUAUUUAUGGUUUGCACGUCUGGAGGCCAGAACAUUACGGACGGAGGAAAGGAUGGUCGCAUUGUCGGCGGCUGGGAAACGCACAUUAGCUACUUUCCGCACCAGGUUUCGCUUCAGUUGGGCACCCGCCACGCCUGCGGCGGAGCUAUCCUGGCACCCACCAUUAUCCUCACUGCUGCCCACUGUGUGCUUGAAUACACAAAACCGCAGUAUUAUGCUAUCAGAGCAGGUACUAGCGAGUGGGCCAGUGGUGGAAGCUAUGUACGGGUUCGUCGCAUCAUUCCGCAUCCAAAAUUCCACGAGCCCACGCGAAUGAACAACGAUAUUGCUAUGAUCCAGUUGCAACAACCGCUUGUCUAUAGUCGGGAUAUUCAGCCCAUAUCGUUGGUCACCAAAGAAGAUAAAAUACAGCCAGCGGCACAGCUCUUUGUCAGCGGCUGGGGAACUCUGGGCAUUUCGCAGAUGCAGCCGGAGAAACGUUUGCGUUACACAGUUGUGCAGCGCAGGGAUCAGGAUCAGUGCGCCCGGAACUACUUUGGAGCUGGCACCGUAACCAGCACAAUGUUCUGUGCAGGAACUCAGAAUGGUGGCAGGGAUAGUUGUCAAGGAGAUUCCGGGGGUCCACUGGUUACCUCCACCGACGGCCGCAUGAAAAUCUUUGGAAUUGUGUCCUGGGGAUUCGGCUGCGCCAACGCCGUAUUUCCUGGAGUUUAUACCAAAGUCUCCGAAUAUGGUGAUUGGAUAGCUGAGACUAUGAAUGAGCUAGCUUAA